AUGGCCCCCUUAUCUCUCCAGUCGACCUACAAAAUGGCCUCGGGAUACGAAAUCCCAGUCGUAGGGUUCGGUGUUUAUCAAACGCCACCCGAGAUCACCGAGAAGGUCACUGUCAAGGCGCUGGAAACUGGAUACCGCCAUAUUGACAGCGCAAAGUACUACGCGAAUGAGAAAGAAUGUGCAGAGGCUAUGAAAAAGUCUGGCAUUGACCGUUCCAAGAUCUUUUUCACCACAAAGGUUCCCGCAUCUUCCAUGUCCUAUGAAAAGGCCAAGGAAGCCAUUGAGGCAAGUGUCGCUGCUGCCAAUCUUGGUUACAUCGAUCUAAUCCUGCUGCAUGCGCCCUUCGGCGGAAAGGAGGGUCGCCUUGGCGCCUGGCGCGCCCUCGUGGAGGCUCAGAAGGCAGGCCACGUCCGUUCCAUUGGUGUCUCCAACUAUGGCAUUCACCAUCUGGAGGAAUUGGAGGAGUACAUUAACAGCGGUGUUGGAGGCCAGAUUUCUGUUGGCCAGUACGAGAUUCACCCCUGGUGUGCGCGAGAGGACAUUGCUGCCUGGCUGAAGAAGCGCAACGUCAUUGUUGAAGCCUAUUCUCCUCUUGUUCAAGCUCAGCGCAUGGACGAGCCUGUUCUACAAAACUUGGCCAAGAAGCACAACAAGACACCAGCUCAGAUCCUGAUCCGGUGGAGUCUGCAAAAGGGGUAUGUUCCUCUUCCGAAGUCUGUGACCGAUUCCCGUAUCGUUGAGAACACGCAGGUGUUUGACUUCGAAUUGUCAGGCGAGGACAUGGAGAGUCUGAACACCGGCAUUUAUGCCCCUGUCUGCUGGGAUCCUGCUAAAGAUCCGCGGCGCAUGAUUCUGGAAAAAUCCAGGACAGUGCGCCGCCGGUAUCAGCGCAGCAAUAAACGGUUCCAAUUUACAGCAUCACAGAUCGAACGCAUCGAACGCGAAGAGGAACGCGAAUCACGAGCUAAGAAACUUCGAGAAAAGGAGAAGAAACGCCUAGCCGAUAAGAAGAAAAAAGCCGAAAAGGAAGCCAAAGAACGCGAAGCACGAAGACGACUCGGUCUCCCUGAUCCUCAUGCUCUCCCCGUUCCUUCCAGUCAGCCAUUGCUUUCGAAGUUCCUCAAGAAGCCUGGAGCGAAACCGGACACGGAGAGCGAGACUUGUGAGGAAACAGAGUUAGAUAACCAUAGCCAGGGGAGUAUCGCGACCGAGAUUGACGAGAGCCUGCUCUCGGGUUUAGAUGUCGCCUUUGACGAUCAGACGGCUGCUGGGGUAUCAGAGCCAGCCGUUGAAGAUAGUCAUACAGUAAGCAAUGAUGGCAAGAGUCAUGUUGGUCGGACACAGGGCGAUGAUGACGAGUUUUCCGAAUGCUCGAUUUUCUACGAUGAAGACAUCAUUAAGGAAGCGGAAACCAUAGCGACUGCACAAGAUACGCCAGAUCAGGCGAUGAAAGAGCCGAGCAAACCUGUGUUGACGGUAGGAGAAUCAUUCCAAGAUGACACUGCGAUACUCCUUGAAGAGUUUGGCCAUGAAUUCGGCACCGAUGAUGAAUUCGAACAGGAAUUGAUUCGACUUGAUACCGUAUCUGUUGGAAACCCAUAUUGA